UGUGUAUGUGUGUGUGUGAGAGCAAGAAAUUAAACAAAACAAUGCAUGGCAAAGUCUUGUGUGAAGGGCAGCAUGAGAACUGGAGCAUCUAAGAGUACUUUUAAAGAUGUGAGCAAUUUCUACAACACAAUAUCUGACAACCAGCCAAAAGCACGCAUUUGAAAAUUGAUACAUCUGUCUGAAGCAGCAGUGAAUAUCCCCAGUAUUAAAGGCGUUCAAAAGAACUGGAUUUCUCAUAAACACCGGAUUGUGGUGAAAGGCAGCAACUUGACACACAGCGCAUUCUGGCAGGCACAUAACAGGAUCAGCUGAGAGGGAACCUGCGGACACAGGGGGAGGGUGCUCUGUUUGUGCUCCAGAUGUUGUAGAGACAGCUGGUGCUGGUAUAGCAGAAACCGACAGGAACUUAGUACAGAUCCCAAAAUUACUGAGGAUUAAAGCUCCUACUGAAGAAGUUGCUGGAUCUGAAAAGACUCUGGGUGCCUGGACCUACACUCACAGCAUGUGUUUCUCCUGGUGGCUUUGUAAAGAUCCCUCUGUGCCUUGAAGGAUCUAGUGGCCUGUGAGCAGACAGACCCUAACAAGCCCCUCUCACUCAUGCAAGACAAUGUCCUUGAUGUUUGGAAAACCUAGAGCUCUCAAUGUUGUUAAUGUCUCAGGUACUAAUGAACGUGGUCCACAUUGGGAAUGUAACAUUGUCCUGCUGGGGUGCAGAGGGGCCGGGAAAUCAGCUUUAACUGUUAAGUUUCUUACGAGGCGAUUUAUAAGCGAGUAUGACCCCUUUCUAGAAGACACAUACACUACAGAAGAACUAAUAGACCAACAUCCAGUUCUUGUAAGAGUUAUGGACACGGCUGACCCAGAUGGGCCAGUAAAUCCAGAGCGGUAUUUACACUGGGCAAAUGUUUUUCUAGUAGUUUACAGCAUUGAUAACAGACAGAGUUUUGAUGGCUGCUGCCAAUACCUGGACAUCAUCUCUCAUUUUAAUCGAGGAGCCUUGCAUGAGAAUCCCAUCUUACUACUGGGGAACAAGCUGGACAUGGAACGGUACAGACAGGUCAGUAAGGCAGAUGGUUCAGCUCUUGCCUCUCGUUAUGGCUGUACGUUCCGUGAAGCGUCUGCCUGUCUGGAUUUCCGGUCUGUACAACAGAUCUUCCAUGACGCCAUACAAGAAGUGAGAAGAGAGACUGAGCAUGCAUCACCCAUUAGACCUCCACUCUACAUCAGUGAAGAAAGAGCUUUGCUGGGUCUACCGCCUAUAUCAUCCCCCGCAUCAUCCUCCCGACAUGGUAUGCCUACCCUCAGCACCCUGUCACCAAUCAGCUACAAGGAGAUCCCUUCUGUGGCUCAGGCCAAAGUUGUCACUGUGAAAUCAUCCAGAGCUCAAAGUAAGCGUAAAGCGCCUACACUUACUCUACUGAAAGGUUUCAAAAUAUUCUAAUGGGAUUGUUAUAAUUGGACAGAAAGGGAACAAAAUGCAAUAAAAAAAAAAACGUAUUUAUAAACUAGAUGCUGAAUCAAUGCAGACAAAUAUUUUUGGGAGCAAAUGACUGUUACUUUAUACAAAGAGUUGCAAAGUGAGGAACCCUGCACCUUCCUAUAAAAAGAUAAAUAAAUCAUCAUUGCAGCUUUCCGGAUUAAGUUUACUUGCUGAUUUACUGCUAAGGUCAUGUGAAAGACGUUGAUAAAAAUGGAAACUAUCUGUGAACUGCAUCUUGGCCUAGAAUGUGGAAUUCAUUUAGUUUUAUUGUUUUUGAUAUGGAUCGCAUUGCUUCUCUACAAGUACCAGUCAGUAACAACCCUAAAGCAUACAGGGAGCACAAUCUACAACCUUCCCUGCAGCUCCGGGUCUUUAUAAAAAGAUUUUUCCCUUUAUGUCUGAACAUCUGGAUAACAGAUCAGCACGUCUGUAGCACAUGAAGCAGACUUCUCCUACUGCCAAUCUAACAUCCCACACCCUGUUAUCAGAGUACAAAACGCAGACCAUGGGGUUCCAGACUUUUGAUCAGCAGACAGAAUGUGCUUGCUGGCUUCGAUAAAAUCUAAAUGCUUCUCAAUCUGCCAGCUGCAGAGUUUUUUUUUAAUGUACAGUACCUGACAAAAGCGCACAUUUCAGAAAGAAGACAUAUUUAACUUAUAUUUGCUCAAUGAAAAAAUAUUAUAUAAGGCAUUAAACAUGGAACAUGACCACAUAUAAAAAUAAAUGUUAUUUGUACUAUAAUUGUAUUAAAAAAUACACUUCUGAUGGUA